UUAUCCAGUACGGUGGAGCGAACCCUGCUGAUCUGGUUGGUACACUUAUUCUCUCCCGUGCGGCGAUAGGAAGAAGUGUAACGCUCCAGACGGCUGUCUGGAGACAAAAGGGGAAUCCUUUACUGCACUUUUUUGUAACUACUCCAAUAGGUAACAAAAGGUGGUAUUCAACCACAAAUACGAUUUAAGUAGAAGGAUUUUAGUUAGACAAAAAUAUGUAGCGGCUAUUAUUUGUUGUUGGCUACACCGAGGCUUGGUUUGGUGAUACCACACUGGCUUUAAGGGAACAGCUGAAACAGACUCAGUGCUAAAGGCAGGCUACGUUAAAUGGAGCCUCAGUUGUUGUGUUGUGAGGGGGACAGGCCUGCUGUCCAGAGAGCCUACCAGGAUUCCAACCUGUUGACUGACCGAGUCCUACACGCUUUAUUGAAGGCAGAAGACAAGUACCUUCCCGCUCCCAACUACUUCAAAUGCACCCAGAGGCAAAUAGCUCCGUACAUGAGGAGGAUAGUGGCUACUUGGAUGUUGGAGGUGUGUGAGGAGCAGAAGUGUGAGGAAGAAGUUUUCCCUCUGGCUAUGAACUAUAUGGAUCGUUUUCUAUCAGUGGAACCUACCAAGAAGAACCACUUGCAGUUACUGGGAGCUGCUUGUGUGUUUCUGGCAUCAAAAAUGAAGGAGACAAUCCCGCUCACUGCUGAGAAACUUUGCAUCUACACAGACAACUCUAUCAUCCCUUCUCAGCUGUUGCAAAUGGAGCUGCUGGUUUUGAACAUGCUGAAGUGGGACCUGGCUUCAUUAACCCCUCUUGACUUCAUUGACCACUACCUGUCUCAGCUGCCUGUCAGGAAAGAGAACAGGCCUUUACUGAGGAAGCACGCUCAGACCUUUGUUGCAUUGUGUGCCACGGAUGUUAAAUUUAUCGCCAGCCCCCCAUCCAUGGUAGCAGCAGGCAGCAUGGUGGCAGCAGUGGAGGGCUUACAGAUGAGAAUGGUGGGCAACACCAUGAUGUCUCAGAAACUGACAGAACAGCUGGCACAGACCAUUAGAAGUGACCCGGACUGUCUCAGGGCAUGUCAGGAACAAAUAGAGUCAUUGUUGGAAACCAGUCUGAAACAGGCGCAACAACAGCAACGCUUAGUGACCAUGGAAACUAAGAACAUCGGUGAGGGGCAGGGCCUCUCAACUACGCCUACUGAUGUACAGGAUAUAAACAUCUGAGUGUUGCCAGACAUGCUUCGGUAUGAGAAAAGAGAAAUGGAAUGAACUGAUAAAGAUAGCCGUCAUUUUGGCACACACAAAUCAAAAAUACAUAUGUGCAUUUACAUACAUUAUUUGAUCUGUGUCCUGGACUAUUCAGUGAAUGAUGGACAGACUGUCCAAACUCUUCACAUGGAGUCCAGAAUGAACUGUGGCAGCAACUAGAAGGACAUUCUUCAUCAUGUCCAGGACUGGAAUUCAGCCGUUACAGAAGAAAUGACUAAAAAUAAUAAUGUAUUAUAAUAAAUUAAAUGUAUGUUGUUUGCA